AUGGCCGGCAUCCAUGUGUCGUCUUCUCGUCAAGAGCAAGACAAUAGGGAUUCGGCAGGUGGCUGUUGUAUUUGGUCCUAUUUGGCAGAAAUAUGGAGACGACGCGCGAGGACCCCAACCAAUAUUUGGGAACAGGGCCCUCGCCGAUCCCAAUCAGGGAGAAACAAUGGUGAGACUGUGGCUGGCAGAUCUAGUACUUACGGAAAGCGAUGGAGGUCUUCGGAGGAACUCAGGUGCCAUCUGCUCAAAGACUAUAAAGCUUUGGCGCAUCCGUAUUGUCUUGUCCGCUGCGACCUGCACGCAAUUGUAAGCGCCCUCCGGGUCCUCGCGAGACAAAAGAACAAGCGUUACCUCCAAACUCUCCUGAGCACUUCCCCACCAGCCUCCCUCCUGCCGCAGCAGGAGUUCCAACUGUUCUUCGUUUCCGCUACCUUCCCCACUCCAUAA